AUGGAUGGCGUGCCUGUGUCUGAGCCACGUCGAUGCCACAUGGCAGGACUGUACACUUGCCUAUGGAUGGCGUGCCUGUGUCUGGGCCUGUUGAGCACAGGGGCCCUCAAGUGCCCGUUCGUCGUUGCAGGUGUGCGCGAGCCCGCGAGGGCAGGCCCCGGAGCCCCUGCCGGGGGGCCCGAGGCCGACGGGAGCGCCGGCACCGCGAGGGCCAGCCAGGCCGGAGUGGCGGCCGAGCCUGGUGAUGCCCGGGCCCGCGGACGCGUCACGCCCGCACCAAAAGAGGUGCCCUUCCCAUCAGUGGGUGUGCCGCUCGUUCAUUUCCACAUACCCAAGACUGGGGGCAGCACGCUGGAUUACCACCUGCGGCACACCGCCCAGGUGCUUAAUUUGUCGCUGGUGGGCGAGAGCGGCAAGGCACUGCGGACAGACUGGGCCACUGGAGCCUCUUACAACCAUCUGCCCAGUCAGUCGUCUUUUGACAGGGCGGUUGUGUGCAGAGGAGCUGAUGGCUCCAAGACUGCGGAAGUGCAGGAAUUCCGCGCGCGCUUGGCGUGUGCAUGCAUAAUGGUGUAA